UGGUGGAUCGAUUUUCUGGGGGUAAUAAUUCCGAUCACGUGAGCGCGAGGGCAGCCGUUGGUCCGCGGCGCUCGAGCGGCAGCAGCUGGAAGAUGGCGAGUCAGUCACAGGGUAUCCAACAGCUGCUGCAGGCGGAGAAGCGGGCGGCGGAGAAGGUGGCCGAGGCCCGCAAACGAAAGAAUCGCAGAUUGAAGCAAGCGAAAGAAGAAGCUCAGGCUGAGAUUGAGCAGUACCGUCUGGUCAGAGAGAAGGAGUUUAAAGCCAAGGAAGAUGCUGCUCUUGGCUCCCACGGUAACUCAGCAACUGAAGUGGAUAAAGAAACUCUGGAGAAAAUUAAGCUUAUCAGACAAAACUAUGAGCAACACAAGGAAGUUGUCUUGAACAAUCUACUUGCUUUAAUCUGUGACAUAAAACCAGAAGUGCAUUUAAACUAUCGCAUUAAUGGCUAGAAAAUAGACCAAUAUGAUUGGUCUAUUUUCAGUCAAAGUUGUAUUUUGUGGUGUUUCUGUAGUUUUUUCCAAAUUGGUACUGUGCAGAAUCAUUUUGCUUCAAUAAAAUUUGCAACGGAUUAAUU